AUGGAUGUUCUUGAGCAGUUAACUACUCAGGGUAAGGAGUUAGGGUACAGCGGAAAGGAGUUGCAGGACUUUGUGCGUGAGCAACAGGCCAUUCAGCGUGAGGAUCGGCGUAUCCAGUAUGAUAAAGAACGUGAACGGAUGGAAAUGGAACGUGAGCGUGAACGUGAGCGAAUGGCCCUUGAAAAGGCACUUAAGGAAAUGGAGGUAAGAGAUGUAAUGUCUGAGCAUAGGAAGCGCACAGAUUAUGUUAAAGCACCUAAGUUACUGUCAUUUGAUGAGACCAGGGAUCAGAUGGAUUCGAUGGAUUCCUGGCGGAACCGCUUUGAGAGGUAUGCUAGUUCUCACAAAUGGGACAAGUCUACAUGGGCUCUUAAUCUGAGUGCAUUACUCAAGGGUAAGGCAUUAGAUGUUUACGCAAGGUUGCCCUGCGAUCAUUCUCUUGAUUAUGAUGUCCUUAAGACUGCACUACUUAAGAGAUUUGAUCUGACGGAAGAUGGUUUCCGGCAUAAGUUUCGGUCCAGUUUGCCUGAAUACGGUGAGACAUUUCUUCAGUUUAGUAAUAGGUUAUCAGGGUAUGCGGACAGAUGGAUUGAGCUAUCCAAAACUGAAAGGACGUUUGAAACUGUGCGUGAUCUUUUGUUGCGUGAGCAAAUAUUAAAUAUAUGUACUAAGGAUUUGGCUCUUUUCCUCAGAGAGCAUGUACCCAAAGACGUAGCUACAAUGGUAACGCUCGCUGAUCAGUUCCGUGAAGCACGGGCGGUAAGUACAAAAUCCUUGUGUUCUUCUUUUAACAGGUCACGUAAUCCAGAGCAUAAUGCACCAGGAAACAAAGGCCAUAUUCAUGGAGGCAGCCAGAGUGGCAAGAGUGACAACAGACCGGCAGAUACAAAGGGAAAAGGUGACGGUGCCGGACGUCCUCAGGGUGGAAAUUUGAGACGUUGCUACCGUUGUGGACGACAAGGUCACAUAUCUACUGACAAUAGAAACAAGAAGAGUGCAGAAACGGCGUCAGUGCAAAAGGACGGGACUGAAAAGGUCUGUGCUGCCUUUCUUCCGGUUACAAAUACAAGUAUAUACUCGAAUGCUGAUUUUGGAAAAGCUCUAUGUACGUCGUCUGAUAAUGUAAUGCCAACGGCUGAAGGAUUGCUUGGUAAUCGUCAUGUUAAGGUUUUGCGAGAUACAGGGUGUAGCGGAGUCAUUGUGAAGAAGGCACUAGUUUCUAUAGAUGAUAUUACAGAUCGUACACAGACUUGUCUGAUGGCUGAUGGUUCUAAGGUCACGGCUUCCAUUGCCCGUGUAAGUCUAGACACACCAUACUUCUCUGGUGAUAUUGAUGCUUGGUGUAUGGAAAACCCUCUGUAUGAUGUUAUUAUUGGAAACAUUCCUGAUGCUAAGGCUCUAGUUUUACAGGCAACCGGCGGAUCAGAAGCCAGAGUGACGGCGGUGCAGACUCGACUGAUGAAGAAAGAUGAAAACGAACGUCAGAAGUUCAAACGCAUGAAAGCUCCAAAGUUGAUUGAUAGCGUUGCAACACCAGACGACAUCAUGAAAGCGCAACAGAGUGAUGCGACAUUGGAAAGAGUGAGAGAAUACGUGACUAAACCAGGUACCGAUAAGGCCAAGUUUGUCAUCAUAAAAGGUAUCAUUUGUCGGGAGUUCGUUUCGCCUACAGUUGACCACGGCAAAAGAUAUUUGCAGAUGGUAGUACCGAAGAAUUACCGUGAAAAGGUUAUGAGUCUUGCGCAUGAUUCCAUUAUGUCUGGACAUUUAGCCGUCAAACGUACCGUAGCUAAGGUGCUGUCAGAGUUCUACUGGCCUGGGGUACAAGCGGACGUGAAGCGCUACUGCCAGUCUUGUGAUGCAUGCCAGAGGACAAUAACAAAAGGAAAGGUAACUAAGGCUCCUUCAGGUAAGAUGCCACUAAUCGAAACACCUUUUCAGCGAGUUGCCGUAGAUAUUGUUGGUCCGAUAGAGCCCAGAUCUGCAAAGGGAAACAGGUAUAUACUCACCUUAAUGGAUUAUGCCACCCGAUAUCCUGAUGCUGUUGCUCUAACCUCUAUAGAAGCGGAACGAGUAGCUGAAGCGUUGGUAGAGAUGUUUUGCCGUCAAGGUGUACCAGGGGAGCUCUUGACAGAUAUGGGCACGCAGUUUACUUCAGAUGUUAUGAAGGAGCCCAAGGACUGGGACAGAAAUCUUGGACCAGUUUUGUUUGCCUACAGAGAUGGUCCACAGGAGAGUUUAGGGUUUACACCUUUCGAGCUCAUCUAUGGUCGAUCGCUGUAUGUUGAAAGGGACGCAAUAGUACACGGCGUCGCAAGUGUUGCUGUUGUCGAUGACUACAGUGAAGAGUCACUCAACGACGAUGAACAAUGCAUAGUGGAGCCGUCAACGUUGUCAACAGGAAAAGGUAAAGACUACCACAUAAGCGAACAACUGUCUCCAAAUGAGGUUGAGCGUCUGAACGAUCUGUUGGAAGAGUUUUCCGAUGUGCUAUCUACUUCACCAGGGCGUACAAGUUUAGGUGAACAUGACAUAAAACUGAAUAUAGACACACCGAUAAGGUCUAAAUAG